AACCUGGAGGUGAUGGGGCUCAUGCUGGGCAAGGUGGACGGGGAAACCAUGAUCAUCAUGGACAGCUUCGCUCUACCGGUGGAGGGCACCGAGACUCGCGUCAACGCUCAGGCGGCCGCCUACGAGUACAUGGCUGCGUACAUUGAAAACGCAAAGCAGGUUGGUCGUCUAGAAAAUGCAAUUGGCUGGUAUCACAGUCACCCUGGCUAUGGCUGCUGGCUCUCUGGGAUUGACGUCAGUACCCAGAUGCUUAAUCAGCAAUUUCAAGAACCCUUUGUAGCAGUGGUUAUUGAUCCAACAAGAACAAUAUCUGCAGGAAAAGUAAAUCUUGGAGCAUUUAGGACAUAUCCUAAGGGCUAUAAACCUCCAGAUGAAGGUCCCUCUGAAUACCAGACUAUUCCGCUUAAUAAAAUAGAAGACUUUGGUGUACAUUGUAAACAGUAUUAUGCUUUAGAAGUCUCGUACUUUAAAUCAUCUUUGGAUCGUAAAUUGCUUGAGCUUUUGUGGAACAAAUACUGGGUGAACACUCUCAGUUCUUCUAGUUUGCUUACUAAUGCUGACUACACCACUGGCCAAGUCUUUGAUUUGUCUGAAAAAUUAGAACAGUCAGAAGCUCAGCUUGGAAGGGGCAGUUUCAUGCUGGGUUUAGAGACUCAUGAUAAGAAAUCAGAAGACAAACUUGGAAAAGCAACAAGAGACAGCUGCAAGACCACCAUAGAAGCUAUACAUGGAUUGAUGUCUCAGGUUAUUAAGGAUAAACUUUUUAAUCAAAUUAAUAUCGCUUGAAGUGCAUCACCAGCUGAUAUGUAUCUCCAAAGCAGAAAAAGUCAUGGUUUCUUUUGCUUGGACUUGUUCAAUUUGGGAAAUGAAGCUGGAGUGGAAAAUUAUUCAUUUAAUUUGUAGUGCUUUAAUAUUUCCCACCUGUCUGACCAGUUUUAAAGAACAAAAUGUUCUGAAAUGUAGUGCAACUUUUUGUUCUUUAUCAUAAAACACAACCGGUUUGGAGAAUUGUUCCAAAAGAAAAAUAAAUGUGACACUGGAUUUUGCUCUUAGGUAUUUAUCUCUAUUAUCCAACUGCAAUAAAACAAUUUUGAAA